CCGGUGAAGAAGCCGAAAAUGGAGCACGUACAGGCUGACCACGAGCUUUUCCUCCAGGCCUUUGAGAAACCAACACAGAUCUAUAGAUUUCUUCGAACUCGAAAUCUCAUAGCUCCAAUAUUUUUGCACAGAACUCUUACUUACAUGUCUCAUCGAAACUCCAGAACAAACAUCAAAAGGAAAACAUUUAAAGUUGAUGAUAUGUUAUCAAAAGUAGAGAAAAUGAGAGGAGAGCAAGAAUCUCAUAGCUUGUCAGCUCAUCUGCAGCUUACAUUUACUGGUUUCUUCCACAAAAAUGAUAAGCCAUCACAAAACUCAGAAAAUGAACAAAAUUCUGUUACUCUUGAAGUUCUGCUUGUAAAAGUUUGCCACAAAAAAAGAAAGGAUGUAAGUUGUCCAAUAAGGCAAGUUCCCACAGGUAAAAAGCAGGUGCCUUUGAAUCCUGACCUCAAUCAAACAAAACCUGGAAAUUUCCCAUCCCUUGCUGUUUCCAGUAAUGAAUUUGAACCUAGUAACAGCCAUAUGGUGAAGUCUUACUCAUUGCUAUUUAGAGUGACUCGUCCGGGAAGAAGAGAGUUUAAUGGAAUGAUUAAUGGAGAAACCAAUGAAAAUAUUGAUGUCAGUGAAGAGCCUCCCGCUAGAAGAAAACGGAACCGUGAGGACGGGGAGAAGACCUUUGUUGCACAGAUGACGGUGUUUGACAAGAACAGGCGCUUACAACUUUUAGAUGGGGAAUAUGAAGUAGCCAUGCAGGAAAUGGAAGAAUGUCCUAUAAGCAAGAAAAGAGCUACAUGGGAAACUAUUCUUGAUGGGAAGAGGCUGCCUCCAUUUGAAACAUUUUCUCAGGGACCUACGUUGCAAUUCACUCUUCGUUGGACAGGAGAGACCAAUGAUAAAUCUACAGCUCCCAUUGCCAAACCCCUUGCCACUAGAAAUUCAGAGAGUCUUCAUCAAGAAAACAAGCCUGGUUCAGUGAAACCUACUCAAACCAUUGCGGUUAAAGAAUCAUUGACUACAGAGCUACAAACAAGAAAAGAAAAAGAUACUUCAAACGAGAAUCGACAAAAAUUAAGAAUAUUUUAUCAGUUCCUUUAUAACAAUAAUACAAGACAACAAACGGAAGCAAGAGAUGACUUGCAUUGUCCUUGGUGCACUCUGAACUGCCGCAAACUGUAUAGUUUACUCAAGCAUCUGAAACUCUGCCACAGCAGAUUUAUCUUCAAUUAUGUCUAUCAUCCAAAAGGUGCUAGGAUAGAUGUUUCUAUCAACGAGUGUUAUGAUGGCUCCUACGCAGGAAAUCCUCAGGAUAUUCAUCGCCAACCUGGAUUUGCUUUUAGUCGAAAUGGUCCGGUAAAGAGAACUCCUAUCACACACAUACUUGUGUGCAGGCCAAAACGAACAAAAGCAAGCAUGUCUGAAUUUCUUGAAUCUGAAGAUGGAGAAGUAGAACAGCAACGAACAUACAGUAGUGGACACAAUCGCCUGUAUUUCCAUAGCGAUACCUGCUUACCUCUCCGUCCACAAGAAAUGGAAGUAGAUAGUGAAGAUGAAAAAGAUCCUGAAUGGCUAAGAGAAAAAACCAUUACACAAAUUGAAGAAUUUUCUGAUGUUAAUGAAGGAGAGAAAGAAGUGAUGAAAUUAUGGAAUCUCCAUGUCAUGAAGCAUGGGUUUAUUGCUGACAAUCAAAUGAAUCAUGCCUGUAUGCUGUUUGUAGAAAAUUAUGGACAGAAAAUAAUUAAGAAGAAUUUAUGUCGAAACUUCAUGCUUCAUCUAGUCAGCAUGCAUGACUUUAAUCUUAUUAGCAUCAUGUCAAUAGAUAAAGCUGUUACGAAGCUCCGUGAAAUGCAGCAAAAACUAGAAAAAGGAGAAUCUGCUUCCCCUGCAAAUGAAGAAAUUACUGAAGAACAAAAUGGGACAACCAAUGGAUUUAGUGAAAUUAACUCAAAAGAGAAAGCUUUGGAAACAGAUGGUGUCUCAGGGGUUUCAAAACAGAGCAAAAAACAAAAACUCUGAAAAGGCCUGACCCCGUAUUAUGGACAAAACACUGAAAUGAUGUUCUAGGGAAUUCAGCCUCUAGGAAGAGAGUAUGUAUGAGUUAGUGAGAGUGAGAGAGAAAGAGAGAGAGUGUGUGUGUGUGUGUGUGUCUGUGUGUGUUGUUUUAAAUCAUAAGUUCCAAACAGGCACAGUUAGAUGAAGUAAAUGAUUUCAACACAAAUAUUUGUAUUAGGGUCCUCCUUCACUUCAUUACACACCUGUUAAAUAUGGAAAUCAGUUUUAUUGAUGCCAUUACAACAUUCUCUAGUUGAGCAUGAAAAGUAUACUUCAAAGAAAGCUGUGUUGGUUUUUUUUUUAUUUCCCCCAAUUUCAACAAUUAGGAAAUAUUAAAUUGAUGAUCUAGACAUUAUUUCAAAUAGUUAAAUUACAAUGUUAUUAGCAUUUGUGACUGGCUGUUUUUCUACUCUGUAAUUGUAAGACAUUUUCUUGGGGGAGGAAAAUUGGAAUGCGUUUCACUUUUUUUAAAAUCAAAAAUUUUGGUCAAAUUACGUUCGAUUACUAUUUGUAAUCAAAAAUUGAUCCCUGAAUUUGAAAUCAUUGAACAAUUUGGAAUGAAAAACUAUAAUGUAAGAUGAUUUUACAUUAAAUAAGUUCUUUUUACAAUUUAAAAAUAGCACUUCGUCGUAUGCCUGUUUGAAAUGUUAAUUUUUCACAUUUGUUGACAGUGAAAUCCCAUAUUGAUUUAUACAGUUACUGACCAUUUGUUUUUAUGUGGAUAAUUAUAGUGUAUUGCUCACCCAGUAUACUCUUUUAAACUUGAACAUGUUUCUGUUUCUGGCUUUUCUUUUUAAUUUGGUAAAUCACAUGGAAAAUUCAACUGUCCACAUCUUUUAUACAGGAUUGUAAACCAAGAGGAGAAUGAGUUAGAUUUUCAAGAUGCCCCUUUCAAGGGGGAAAUGUUCAAUAAAAAUAACCAGAAAAUACACACACACACACACACACACACACACCUGUUUUUGUUUUUUCUUUUCUCUAGCAAGGACGUCUUUGUAAUGUAUUUUACGAUUUAAUAUCUAUUACAGAUAAGCUGACUUGAAUAAUUUUGAGCAAUUUUGCCCUGUGUUCUAUGUGCUUAAUGCACAUAUUUGCAGUUGGAUUUUCUCCAACAGAAAGUGGUUUCACUACUGGCACAUUAACACACCACCAAUAGGUUUUUAUUCCAACUCCAAGCACUGUGGUUGAGUAAAAUCACCUCAAUUUUUUAUUAUCCUUAAAGAUAUUGCAUUUUCAUAUUCUUUAUUUAUAAAGGAUCAAUGCUGCUGUAAAUACAGGUAUUUUUAAUUUUUUAAUUUCAUUCCAUCACCAUCAGAUGCAGUUCCCUAUUUUGUUUAAUGAAGGGAUAUAUAAGCCUUCUAAUGGUGUCUUCAGAAAUUUAUAAAAUGUAAAUACUGAUUGGUCUUUAAGAUGUGUUUAACUGUGAGACUAUUUAACUAAUUAUGUGGAUGUGAUUUGUCAUCCAGUAUUAAGUUCCUAGUCAUUGAUUUUUGUGUUUCAAAAUAGGGAAGAGGGAAACUGCAGCUUUCAUUACAGACUCCUUGAAUUGGUAAGCUCUCCAAAUGAUGACUUACAGCAAAGUCUAAUUAUGUCUCUGGAUAUUAGAGCUCAAGAAUUUCUUUCAGACUUUAAUUUGCUAAAGCUGUGCACAUAUUGUAAAAAACAAACAAAAAAUAGAUUUUUUUAGGGGAGAUGUAGGUGUAGAAUUAUUGCUUAUGUCAUUUCUUAAGCAGUUAUGCUCUUAAUGCUUAAAAGAAGGCUAGCAUUGUUUGCACAAAAAGUUGGUGAUUCCCUCCCCCAAAUAGUAAUGAAAUUACUUUUGUUGAGUAAACUUUUUAUGUCAUCUUAUAAAAAAAACGGAAAAAAAUCUGUUUCUAUUUAUAAAAAAAAAUGCUUUUCUAUAUGUAGCCUUGAUAAGAGAUUUUGAAGAAAUCAUGUAAGAUGAUAAAGCAUUUGAAUGGUACAAUAGUUGUAAAAAAAAUUCAGUUUAAAAGAACUUUUGUUUUUACAUUAAAUGUUUUAUUUGAAAUCAAAUGAUUUUGUACAUAAAGUUCAAUAAUAUAAAAGCUGUAUUGUUUUUA